UGGAGAUGCUAAAUUUUUCAUGGCAUCCCACUUACUUUGACUCCAAUACAUGAACCCCAUUAAUCCACCCAUCUCUACGUAAUACUCUCUCUCUCCCUCUCUCUCUCUCUCACCAACCGUUGUUGCAACAUAAAAACUCUUAAAAGCAAUAAGAAGUAGCAAAGUCACCAUCCUGCACUAUCCCUAGCUUCAAUCACACUCUGUUUAUCGCAAUCAUUAGAUAUGAAGUUGAAAGCAUCAGUUGCCUUGAGAUCCAAGCUAAUCAAGCCAUGCAAAAAUUUCUUACAAGUCUUCAGAUUCAAGCUCAAAAAACCCUUCUUUAUAAGAGCUCUUCAUCUCCGUCGAUCACCUUACACCCAAGUUAAACCGGAUAAAAAGGGUCCGGAGAAGAAGAGUCGGUUAACUUCGUUCCUAUCGACUUUCUAUUCACCCAGGAAGCCAAAAAGAAUGGACAGACUAGCAGCGCUCAAGAGCUUCACAGAAAAAGGGGGUGACGGGAAUGGAAUAACGCAUUGUCCGUCACCUGCCACACGGGCUUAUUUGAAGGCUAUGAGAGGAAGGGCGACGACUUCGGGUCACGAUGAGGUGCAAGAUGCGUGCAGGAGUUUUGAGAACUAUUUGGUGGAGAUGAUCAUUGAGGAAGGGCAAGUGUGGGACUCGAUGGAUGUGGAAGAGCUUCUGUAUUGCUGGAAGAACCUCAAGUGCCCUGUUUUCGUUGAUUUGGUUGGGAGAUUUUAUGGAGAGCUCUGCAAGGACUUGUUUUCCACUACAAGUGAUGGAAGUUCAUAGUGUGAUUUUGCAAAAUUAAAAUUCUUUGAUAUAAAUGCCAAUUCAUAAAUCUAUUUUUGUAACAUGAGAGAAGGAAAUGGAAAUUGGAUCUUGACAUGCGUACUUUAAAACAAUCGUCGCUAAUGACAUAU